AUGCCGGAAUACGGCUUGGAGAAAAUCGUCAAAUCACUUCAUUCACCCAGGAGCGUAGUGUUCCGUGUGAAGCGGCAUCCACAAGUGGCGGGGUUUGAGCAAUGUGUCUCCUUCGGCGCCUUCAGCUCGGAGCAGCAAGAGGUUGUUUAUAACGUCUUCUGUCUCUGUGCCAUGUACUUCUUGCCGCUGAUCAUCAUCACCGUCUGCUACGUGUGCAUCUUCUGCGAGAUACAUCGGAGCAGUAAGGAGUUAGAUGAAAAACGCAUGCAUCGUAGUAGCGUCGGGCACGUGCGCCUGCGCAGAUCCGAUCGACGCGUGUUGGAGCGAGCCAGGCGCCGCACUCUACGCAUGACAGUAACUAUAGUCGCCGUGUUCGCUCUCUGCUGGCUCCCCUACGCUACUAUUACUAUGUGGUACAUGGUGGACAGAGAAUCAGCAGCCCGUCUGUCGCCCAGGGUCCAAGACCUUCUCUUCGUGAUGGCUGUCUCCAACUCCUGUAUGAAUCCUUUGGUAUACGGUUCCUAUACCUUGGACCUCAAGGGUCUUCUGAGGAGGUUAAUCAAGAAGACUUGCUGUCACUCUUCAGCUGCCUCAGAUACGAUAGGUAUCGAUGGAUCAGGAUCGAGUUCAAUUAAGAAUAGGAAUGUCAAUUUGGAAACACUGCUCAUGAAAUCGGUAAAGGUGGGCAAUGCAUUCGUAACUCCUCCGUUGCGGGUGUCCAUGGGCGGCGCUGAUUGCUUACCAUCAGUAGUUAAAUAUCAUGUAUUGGGUAUAUUUCUCCGGCCAUCGGAAACGUGGGUCUGUGGACGGCGAGUAAGGCUAGCUCGCCGCCCGACCAGAGCUGGGUCUGGCUCUGGUCGAGCGGCGGCGGGUCGGUACGGGCGCAUUACGUUCCGCACGCGCCUCAGAGUCACCAUAGACGAGGCCCUAAAGGGCUGGUGUUCAGCCAGGAUUGCGGGUAGGUCGGCAAACGAGCAGACAGAUAACCUGAUGCCGUGGUAUUACCCUGGUCGAGGUGGCUCAUUGGUGGUGAAGCAUGACUGUCCCAGACUUGCUCAUAAUUAUAAGCCCAUGUGUCUACAACAUAGUUCUCAGUACUAA